AGUGGCCAUAUGUCGUCCUUGUGUCCUAAUUAAAACAAUCGCACGUAAGUCGUAUUUCUCGUCGAAAAAGUCCCUAGAAUCGCAAUUUUUGCCCAUUUGCUAAUCUCGCACCGGGUCGAUAUGGGCAAACCCUUCUCGAUGGAGCCGUCUGGGAAUGUCUGUACCAUCUAGUCGUCUCUCUCGCUCUCGGUGUGAACUUUUUUUUCGUCUUUCCGGUGCUCGCAGCCGACCAUUGAUGUGAUCUCUCUGGAAUGUGAAAACAAUGGUGGACACACUUUCCAGCAACUCCGACAUUUUACGUUCAAUGAGAAAAGACAGCAGUCACAUAAUAAAUUAUCAUGAGCCCUACAAACCACAUCCCCCUGAAACAAAAUCAAGUAUCACCGAACCGGACAACGGUCACAAAAGCGAAACUCUGAGCUCCAGAUUAGAUUUUAGUAAAGAAGCCGACCGUUUAAGCACUUUUAUAGACUGGAAAAGUGAUGCCGUAACUCCCGAAGCCUUGGCGAAAGCUGGCUUCUACUUCCUAAACAACCCCUCAAAGCCCGAUCUUGUGAAGUGUGCCUUUUGUAAAGCGGAAAUCUGCAGUUGGGAGCAAGGCGACAACGCUUUAUCCGAACACAUGAAAUGGUCGCCUAACUGUCCUUUCGCCAAAGAGAAAAGCCAGAAUUUGCGUGUCCCGGCACAGGGACAGGACGUCUGUGGGAAUGUGGAGAUUUUCCCGAAUUCGGUUCCAGAGAGUGAGACUUUCCGGAUGCUCCGAACGAUGAUUAGACCAUAUGAAGACAAAAAAGCGCGCUUAGAGUCUUUUGCGACUUGGCCGAGCUCGUCGAAGCAAAAUCCAGAGACGUUAGCUGAUGCUGGGUUUUAUUACCGGGGGGUGGAGGACCACACGAUAUGCUUUACUUGUGGAGGGGCUCUUCAGGCUUGGAAGGAGGAAGACGAUCCGUGGGAAGAGCACGCGAAGUGGUACCCGAGAUGUCCGUUUUUGGUUGCAUCCAAGGGACAGGAAUACAUCAAGCAAGUGCAGAUCAAAAAACCCGGUGCGUCGUCAAGUAAUGUAACCAAAGAGAAUGAAAAAAGUACUGAGAAAAUGAGUGAGUGUGGUGCAGCGUCUGAAGAUGGAGUGAUUUUAUGCAAAAUUUGCGACAGAUUUGAAAGAAAUACCGUUUUUUUGCCGUGUAAACAUAUUGUUGCGUGUACACAAUGUUCGGAUGUUAUGCAAAAUUGUCCUAUUUGCAGAAGAAACAUUGAAAACAAGAUUAAAGUGUAUAUAUCAUAAAAACUAAAUUGUAAUAUAAUUCACUUUUUUUCUUUUCUUGAACACUUCUAGUCAAUUUUUUCAUCGGUUUUCUUCAAUAAAACUAAUUAGAAAAACAGACUCUAUUUUUAUAUAACACCCUUCUUUCAGUACAAAACUAUCAAUACCUUAGGGUUGAUUGUUAUCUAACUGUAUAUAAGUAUAACUUAAUUUUCAAUAAUACGCUUGAAAUAGGUUUAGUUUGUAUUUUAUUUGAUCUAGCAAGUUCCUCGCUGCAAUAGCUGAAGUAACAAUAACGUUUUACAAUGACAUUACUUCACUGUUUUUGUAUUACAAAAAUAGAAUAAACAAUUUUAAAUUCA